AUGCUGCUACCUUCGCAGAGAAGGAAAUACCGAACGACUUUACAUGAUCAAACACUAUCUAGUAGAGCUACCACGAAUAAUGGCAAUUUAAAUAUCGGAGUAGAAGGAAUUUCUUUUGGUACAACAAAAAUCAUUGACGCACCCACUACAACAAAUUCCAUGAAACCUAAAGGUCGAUCACUACCAUCCAGCCUCGUUUCUGCGGACGCAAGAAAAAUUCAUCGUUUUCAAAAAUCUGCAAGUGUUGAGAGCGUUCGUCUUUCAACCUUUAGAGAAGAGCGAGGUGAAGAACAAUCGUCACUAACAGAAGAAGGUAUUCAAAGCAAAGAAUCGUCACUGCAUUUAGAGGAUAACUCAUCACUAUUGAACGCAUCAGAAUUGGAUGUAUCUCGAAUAUCAAUAUUUAAGGAUGACAUUCUUACUUCGACAGUGAAUCUAUCACAUUUACCGUUAUUGAACGAGUCUAUGGACGCAACCGCCACAAGAGGUCCAUCAGAUGUAGAUAGGGUCCAUUGCACAAGUCAAGUAUCCAAUGAUCAUUCAUCUCCAAUAUUCGCCCAAUCCUCGAAAGUGCUCAUAAAAGAAGUGCAACAACCAGAAACUCGCACGAGGAGCACCUCACCGACAAAAGCACUUCCCAACAUUCCAAAAAUCUCUAAAACCUCAACCACUCCCUCACUUUCCAGAGUUGAUUGCACACAUCAUGAAUAUUCUCCUCUCAAGAGAUUAGAAUUGUACAGUAAUAACGAGAGAUUUUAUUACAACGAUUUUGAUUUUGUAUUAGCCUCAGAGUCUUAUAUUUCCUCAGAAAAUGAAAAGAAUCAUCGAAAUGAAUCAUCCUCUCCCAUUCCAAAAUGGAACAAAAUCACACACAACAUUCCUCUGACAUUUAUUGAUGACCUUCAUUCAGAAUAUUUCAUUCAGCCAUUAGAACGAACAAAUAUACAUUCAUUGGAAGAUGCAGACGAAAUUUUGACACAUUCAAGAGUUUCUACUUGUUCAAGAGCAUCCACAUGUCCUAGUUCUUCCAAAUCAUUUUUCCUUACUCAAGAUGAUGAUACUUUUGAAUAUAAGGAUUACGAAGAUGAGGACAUGUCUCACUCGUCCAAUCAUGUUUUACUCACAAAACAUGGUCUUAAUAUUUAUAAUCAUUCCUUUCGAGCCUCGAGUGUCAUGAACUCCACCGACUUGACACACAAAACUCAUGCUUCCACAGAGGACUCGAAAGCAUAUUCAUCCAUACCGGCUCGUCCUCACACGAGUUUGAGUUUUUUUACGACAUCGGCUCGAUCCCGUUCGAGAGGUGGUACCACUUCUGCAAGGUCCUCACCCAAUACGAGUAGACAAGAUACUCGACUGCGGGGAGUAGUGUCAGAAAGAGAGCAAUCAUUGCGUACACCACACUCCAAAUCGAAAGAGGAUGCAUGGAACAUUUAUCCAUCCCGUUCCAAAAUUAUUCUGGAACACCCUCUCCAUUCUGGCCAUUCAGCAUGCGCUUCUACUUCCAUGGAAUUGAAUCAUAGAAAGGUAGCACAGAGUUCUUCUAAUCAUCAUCUCUCGAGACAGUCUUAA